AUGAAUACAUCAAAUAAAGAUGAACAAACUUGUCAACUUCUCGAACAAUUUGAUCAUAUUCUUAAACGAUCUGAAACAUAUAUUGAUUCAAAUAAAUCAUGUCAAGAAAUUUGGAUAAACAAUAAAAUUCUUCGUUUAAAUUAUGGUGAAAACAAUGCUAAUAGAAAUGAUUUAUCAAAACCACAUUAUGGAAAAUUAAUGAUUAUGGCUGAUCAAGAUCAAGAUGCUAGUCAUAUUAAAGAUCUUGUUGUUAAUCUUAUUCAAUAUAAAUGGUCAAAUCUACUUAAACAUGAUUAUAUUGAAGUAUUUAUUACACCGAUUCUUAAAAUUACAAAAGAUAAUUAUGUAAUACCAUUUUAUUCUAUACCUGAAUUUGAACAAUGGCAAGCGUCAACACCAAAUUGGCAAAAAAUAGAAAUGCAAAUACCACACAGUAUAUCAACAGCUGAAGAACCAAAAGAAUAUUUUUCAAAUAUAGAUCGUCAUCGUAUUAUAUAUAAAUAUGAUCCAAUAAAAGAUGAUUUAGCUAUACGAUUAGUAUUUAAUAGUGCAUUAAGUGAUGAUCGUAAAGAUUGGAUUAAAUGGCACACAGAAGAUGCUAAUAAAAAGACGUGA